UCGCUGAAACGUGAAGUUCAUUUCGUUGGGAUUUUAAAGUUUUAAUUUAUAAAAUUAAAAUGUGACUUCGUACAUAAAAUGGAAAAUAAACAUCCAAGAAGGAUAUUAAAAUCACCUGUCGCCAAACGACGGAGUAGACUUGUGCCAAAAGACCAAAAGGUUGUGUUGGAGCGUGUGCUUGGGCUGACCGCAUCCUCCAAUGCUACAUUCGCCUGUGACCCCAACACAGGCACACUUGCCUACCCCGCCGGAUGUGUGGUUGUGUUGUACAACCCAAAGAAGAACAAGCAGGGCCACAUCUUCAAUGUGUCGAAGAAGAACAUCACCUCGCUUGCCUUCUCAGGCGACGGCAAACACCUUGUCACUGGAGAGAGUGGCCACCAGCCGGCAGUACGAGUCUGGGAUGUGGCAGAAAAGACCCAGGUGGCAGAGUUCUUGGGACAUAAGUUUGGCAUCAUUUGUGUGGCAUUUUCCCCGAACCUUAAGUACAUUGUGUCUAUCGGGACGAUGCACGACAUGCAGGUGUGUGUCUGGAACUGGAGAACAGGCUCAAAGGUCGCCUCCAACAAGGUCUCCAGCAAGGUGUCUUCAGUGGCAUUUUCAGCAGACGGGUCCUAUUUUGUGACAGUGGGGACUCGUCAUGUGAAGUUCUGGUACCUGGACAGCAGUAAAUCCAAGAUCAAUGAAACAGUUCCUCUUAAUGGCCGUAAUGGUAUCCUUGGUGACCAACGUAACAACUUCUUCUGUGAUGUGGCGACGGGCACAGGGUCACAGGAGAAAUCUACAUUCUGUGUCACACAGUCCGGCUUUCUCUGUCAGUUCAAUGAAAAACGACAGAUGGACAGAUGGGUUGAACUAAGGACCACAAUAGCCAACUGCAUAUCUGCAUCAUCAAGGUACAUUUACGCUGGCUGUGCAAACGGUGUGGUGCGCGUGUUUUCAGCAAAGACCCUAGAGUAUGUUGCAACCCUUCCCAAACCUCACUACCUUGGCAACGAUAUUGCGGCACCUAGAAACGACAGACAAGGCAUCCUUAAUGACAAAAAGUACCCAGACACCAUCGCAAUUGCCUUCGAUGAGGAACAUUCAAAGGUGACAUGUAUCUACAACGACCACAGUGUGUAUGUAUGGGACGUCCAUGACCUAAAGAAGAUUGGCAAGGCCUGGUCAUUUCUUUACCACAGCUCCUGUGUCUAUGGCGUGGAGGUAUACCCAAUGUUAGAGGAGGGGAAGACCCCUAUAUUACCUCCCAAUUCCUUCAUCACAUGCUCGAGUGACGACACCAUACGUAUCUGGAAUCUCGACCCUCACAUGGCUGAGACCAAGACGUACAAGAACAACAUAUACUCACAUGAAUAUGGUUGCAUAGACCUGUUGAAGAUCAUGUACAUGGACCCUAGCCUUGCCUCACUCUGUGAUGUCGACUAUAAUCCUUCUGGUGCUACAGAUAAGACGGACACAAACUAUGAUGAUAAGAAUGGCAUUCGAUCAAUCCGUGUGAGCCCAGAUGGUCAGCAUCUGGCUUCGGGUGACCGCCAGGGAAAUGUCAGGAUCCAUGACCUUGAGAACCUGAUAGAGAUAAAGCAGAUCGAGGCUCACGAGUCAGAGGUGCUCUCCCUCGAAUACUCACACUGGAAACCAGGUCCUAGUCUGCUGUCAUCAUCAAGUCGUGACCGGCUGAUCCAUGUGUUUGACACUGAGCAGCAGUAUGGCCUCCUGCAGACAUUAUCGGACCACUCAUCGUCCAUAUCGGCUGUCCGGUUCACCCACACAGAUGACCAACUGAAGAUGAUCAGCUGUGGAGCAGACAAAUCAAUACUCUUCAGGAAUCUCCAGCAGGACCCAGAGUUCCAGUUUACGCUGGCAACCCAUCAGGUGGAAAAAAUGACUCUUUAUGACAUGGUGGUGGACCCUGAGCAUACUGUAGCUGCUAUAGCUUGUCAGGAUAGAAACGUCAGAGUAUACAACAUAAAGAAUGGGAAGAAGAAAAAAGAGUACAAAGGUUCACUUGGUGAUGAAGGAACUCUGGUCAGGAUGAGCCUGGACCCUUCCGGUUCCUAUCUCGCCACCAGCUGCAGUGACAAAAACAUCUGCCUCCUAGACUUUGCCUCUGGGGACCUGCAGGCGACCAUGUUUGGACACUCGGAGUUUAGCACUGACGUCAAGUUUAUGAAUGAUCUUCGACAUCUCAUAACAACCAGUGGCGAUGGAUGUAUAUUUGUGUGGCGGUUGCCGCAGGAGAUGACCAGUCAGAUGCAUAACAAGAUGGCUGACACAGGACAGGCUCUGGCACACAUAUCAAAUGGCCUCCCCAGGCCAAUGCCAGUAACAAGUCUUCAACAUGACAUACCAGACUUUGCACCAGGUGUGAGGGCCUUUGACAGCCCAGAGAAGUUGCUACUGAAGAUGUCGGGAGGUCUGCCGGCAGUGGAAGAGGGGGAAGUUGUGGGGGGCUUCGUCAGCCCUGACAAGAUACUGAAUCCCAAGGCUGCAGAGGAGGGGGACGUGUCAUCUCCUGCUCAGGAUGGACCCGACAGUCGCUCUUCAAUUGCCUCCCUGCCCAGCUGGGUGAAGAAACAUAUGGGAAUGGAGAAUGUUCCUGACUGUGAUGAGGAGGAGAAGGAUGGCUCCAGCCAAGCUCCACGGGGUCGCUGGGCACAGAGAGGGGAGACUCAGAAUGUGGUACUAAAGCAGCAGGAUGGCAGGUCCGUCAGUGUCAAUGAAGAUCGGCGCCGCUUCUCAUACGAGGCUGAUACAGUGCUAGGCCAAGCAGAUCUCCGCCGCGACACAAUGGUCAUCGAUAGACCCACUAACAUGCCCAAGAACAUGCCCGUUAUUGAGGAUGAGGACAUGGAAGAGGAAGAUCUGUUUAUGGGCUCUCGCACCUUCGUCAAGCCCGACACCAACCGGGACAUCACAUGGGAUGAUCUGUACAACUUUGACAAUGAUGCCGAUGUUGCUGCUGAGAAUGAGAUAAUCUACUACCCUCCGUCCGAGAGUGAUGGUUCUGACGGCCUGGCCAGUUCAUACCAGGUGUUUAACAAGGCUCAUCGGCAGCACCGAAAGUCUCUGUCUGGCAGCAGUAUUCCGGAUGGAGACUCAGAGUCGGGAGAUGUUGUCUCCUUGGAGGACAUGGAUGAGGAGGAGGAUUCCACCCCCAGCACUCCGCUAGACGACGUUCAGGCUCGCAUCAACAACAGGGAGAAGUUCCUGAAGGACACAUUUGAAAACCUGAGUUUCACACCUGUGGUCGACACGGAGAAGUUCCGAAGGGGCCUCGACAACCUGGAAGAGGAGCUGGAUGGAGGUGGAGCUGGAAACGCAGCCAUAAACCACCGUCAGAGUCUCUCAGCACGCUUCCUUUCACGGUCACAGGCUGCAGGAGCCAGGGGUCAAUAUGGUGGCAUCACCAGACAGGACAACUGGUUCGAUUCUGUACAGAGAAGGAAGGAUGAUAUGGCCAGGAACCUGGACGAGAGUCGCAAGAUGCUUAUGGCUAUGGGCUGGAAGCAGGAGAGCCCCGACACAGACAAUGAGGACCCUUUCGCCCACCCGUCUGUCAUCCCCACAUCUCCGCCACAGUCUCCACAGGUGGACCCCACUAAGCCACCAUCACCCCUCACCGGCGCUGGUCAACAACUACCAAGCCCCUCACCCAGCCCGAGAACUCCCAAAACUCUGCGUCGCUGUUGGUCUAGCUUUGAACUUCCUAAAAGCCCAAUACCAGAGAUCGUCUCCGUCACUAAUCCAGAGACGAAACCAAGCAACCCAAAACGUCUACAGCGUUCUGGUAAACGGGAAACUGUGACAUUCCUAGAGACUGUAUCUUGUAACAUCUGUGGCUGUAGGAGUAAAAUACCUGCUCCUACGUCAUACUUGCCUAAAUGUAGUCAGCGGAAAGUAACCAUCAGGGCAAGUUCCUGCAGUGUGAGUAGCCGUGGUAGCAAGGAGGGUGUGUCCACCACCCCAACAUCUUCCCGGGGUGCCCCCUCCCAGCCCCGCCCUCGUACACUGCCGCUGGACAAAGCAGGGGGUCGGGUCACACCAACAGAGAGGGCUGGAGGUAGAACAUCAGGGCCUACAAGCCGCUUGUAUACCAAAAAGGACCUUCCCUACACACCUACAGCCUCCAGCAGGAUAUCUGGGGAAGUGAGAAAAAAGACAUCCCGAUUUUCGGCCCCUCUGGAGGUAAAAGAUGAUAGUGCACCAGCAUUGAGGCGGUCAUCGUAUGGCAGCAAUCUGAACAAGAGCCACUCAAAGUCCCUGCACAGCCUCACAUUUGACGAGGAUGAGUUGGAACUGACCCCGCAGGGAGCAAACCGGCGACCCCGCUCCAAGUGGGGUGCCAAACUUUCAACCUUUGGCUCUGUUCCUGACCUGCUACAGCCAGAAAAGGAUGGCAAGAAAAGCUCAGAGACCAGCUCUGUAGAUUCAGGGCGUAGUGAGCCUGACAUUAAUGACAAUGUUGUGAAACAAUCUGAUCAAAAGGAAAAGAAGACUUACACUAGGAAGUCUUUAUCAACUUCUCAAAGUAAACCAAGUGACUUAGGUAGUAAAAGAGCAGCAUCCAGCCGCUCUUUGGCUCCAAGCAGAAGUAUUAGUGUAGAGGAGAAAAACGGACCAUUAAAAUCUGUGAGUGUUAGUAUGACCAAUCUAACAAGUACUACAAGCAAAAAGACAACAAAAGACCGGGACCUUAUGCCUCCUCCAGCUGUGCCAGGCUCCAAGGCUAGGCCAAAUAGAGCUGCCAAACGGGCAGAUCCUCGUAGACGGACCACAGACAAUUCGGGCUUCAGUCUGGAGGAGGCAAAGGACAUUCUUAGUGGAAAAUCAUCAAAAAUUGUUGAGAUUAAAGAAAAGGCCAAACAGAAGAGGUCAACAUCAAUAUCCCCCUCACGUAAUUCUCAUGGUAAUCCCUUAGAUUUAGAAGUGAAAAAGACUACAGAUAUAAAUGACUUUAUAUCCAGUGCUGACACCGGUGUCCUACUAGCUUCAACUGAGAUUGAGCUGACAGCAGCUGAGAUGAGGCGCAAGUCAGCCCCUGGCUCCAGUACAGGCCUGCCCCUUGAGGCCUACCCCAAUGAUCCCCCAGAAAGGGAUGUUGCCCCAGAAUCUAGUAAAUCCCGUACAAGGGCAACAAAAACUGCCAACACCAGCAAGUCAGUGAAUCCUGUUGUUGAUUCAGUAAAGCAUAAAACAGAGCACAGCAAAUCAAACAGUGAUAGUGGAGACAAUUCUCCAAGACUUUCAGAACAUUCUAAUGACAAUGAUGGUGAAUGCCCUUCACCUAGUGUAAAGGAUAGGAUAGCGAGAUUAAAUAAGCAUGUGACACAAACUGGACGUCAGUCUUCCACCAGUCCAUAUAGGGGCCAAGGGAGACCAACAAGCCCGACUGACAGUCCUAGACAGACUUCAGCGGUGCAGAUCAACCUAUCUUCAAGCUUAGACAACACAGUAGCUUCACCAUCAUCAGUUACAUCUUGCAAUACUCAGAGCUUGCUGACUGUGUCAGCAGACUCACCUAGACUGCUACCCUCUAUUACACCCGAGGUGACUGGUUCACAGGACAUGGAGAUUGAAACCAGUCCACUGUCGGCUAGUACCCAGUCUACAUUCCCCGCUGCUGUCCACACUCCAUCAGCCAAUAUGGCUGCCAGUCCGGAGUCAGAUACCCUGAUGGGAGCCUUGUCCCCUGGUAACCAUAGCAACUCCAGCCCCAGAAGUGUAGCAGACACAGGACUUGGCUCAGACACUGACCUUGAUUCUAGUCAAUCUUUUCGAAGGUACCAGCUGUCCCAGCCCUCGUUGUCAGCAUGCAAGGAGCAGUUUUACCAGACCUUCUCUUCCGUGGAAAGGUUUACUGAGAUGGUCUCAGGUCUGCGAUCUCGUGGAGAGGAUGUAAAGGAUCUUCAGAACCAGUGUUGUCAUCUGGCGUCCAGUUUGCGGUCAGCAGUUGGCCUUGAGCCUCCAACUGACCAUCUGACAGGCCUUCUGACCACCCUGACUGACCGCCUCACCAGCAUGGAGCACCGUAUGGAGCACCGCAUGACAUGCAUGGAGGAGAAAAUAGACGCCCUCAGUGGGAACGCUGUCUCACACAAAUAAUGACUCAUGGGCUUCAAAUUACUCCUGCAGGACUAUUGGAAGUUUUUAUGUGUUUGAAACAGUUUAUCAAAGAAAAUUGAAACAAGCGCCCACUUUAAUCAAAGCUCAGGUAUAUGUUUUGAAUUGAAAGAGCGUUUACAUUCAAAUGUAUGGUCUUGUCUUUGAUCCAAACUUGCUAAGCUAUGGUGAAAUGUUCACAUAUCAAGCUAUUCACAUAUCAAAAUAUAUUAUGUUGGUGCAUCUUAUAAUGCAGCUUGUAUCAAGCUUAGUGUCUAAUUAUAAGAAAUACUCAAUCAUUUAUGCAAGUUUGCGAUAAUAUUGGAUAUUUUUCCAUCUUGGUAUAUAAAGCAGGCAAUUCAUUAUCAGUAAAUGCUAGUAUACAAUUCAUGACAUGAUGUUCUUUAGUAUUUUAGUAUUUUCAUAAUUUCAAAGAAAAAGAUUGUUUUGAAAAAAGAUCAUUUGAAAAUCAGAUGAUUAUUAAAGGCACUAAUACUAGUAUCUUAGUUUUGUUCCCACAUGAUAAGAAGUUCUACUUAAGAACAUAUAAUGUCUUACACAGAAAAUCACUAUUUGACUUGAACAGUGCUAUACAUUCAGUACAGGGAAGCCAUUGGUUCAUCCCCCACUAUACUUGCUCAGUAUUUUAACUGUUGUCUUCCGCUUUAAACAUUCCAAGCAUAAUAAGUGUUAUGCACAUUACGACCAAAAAUCUAGUAUAAUUGUGUUAUGAUAUGAAUUUGGAGGGCAGGUUAUUAUAAACGAAACUAGCCUAUCUUCAUUGGGCCAUUUUUGUAUUCAUGUAUACAAUGUGUUGUGCCAUAAUUGCCACAUUUAUAUUUGCGUUUAUACUGUUUGGUGAAAUUUAUUUAUUUUACUGUUGUUUAAUGCUGAUGCAUAUUGUUUUGUCAAAACCAUUUCACAGUUCAUGGUGUCAGUAAUCAUUUUGAUCACAUUGUUUCAAAUACAGAAAUUAUGUACUUGAUUCUUUAGAUAAUUAUUAAUUUAUUGGUCUGUUGGUUUUUUAUUUGUUUAGAAAUAUGUAUGUAAAGAGCUGGCUCAUAGGUCUUUAUUUGAAGAACUAUUUGAUUUUAUGAAACCCUUGUUUGUACAAGUGCAGUUGACUUAAAAAGUUGUUUGCAAAAUCUGUCUGUAUGUACAGGUAGGCUGUCUGAUUCGUGCAUAAAACACUUUCCACAUGAUGAUUUGAUGCCAUAACCAUUACCAUACAAGGUACAUCAGCUUACUCAUUUAUUUAAAUUUGACUUAAUCCCUUAUUUUAUGUGCCCUAGAUAUCAAUUUAACUUGUAGAAAGUACACAAACCUGAAUGAUGCAGCCCUCAGAAUGUAUCAGAGAUCUAUAUGUACCAAUUUGUAAAGCGUUUUGCAAUCCUGCUGUUAAUAAAAAACACCAAUUUUCCAUUAUGUUUGCAUAUGUAAAUAUGCAUGGCUAAAAUAUUAACUAGCAAAUAAACUACAUUACAAUUCUGAGAAAUGUUUUAGUGUUUUGCAAUUUCUUUGCUGUUUAAAUCAAAGGUUUAGUAUGAUUUUGGAGAAAAAGAUAUGUAUGUCAAUUUUUUAUUUUAUUUCUUGGUUUGAAGGUGUGUUUUUUGUGGCUACAAUAUUGUAUGUCGCACUUGUAUAUGAUAUAAUAACGGCAUAUUAUUUUAAUACCUUGCCAGGAAUCAUGACCAGCCAUGUGUCUUCACUUGUUUCUGAAAUCUCAUGUGUGUUUUGUCUCAGCAGUUGUCUCAAGUGGACUGUUUAUGACUUUAUUUAUCAAUGUAUAAUGACUUAAUUUAUUCAUAUAUAAUGAUUUAUGUAGCUGUGAUUUCAACAACACAACAGUAAGCACAACUGGAGUGUAAAGGCUAUUUAACAUUGAGAUGUUAUAAUCAUAUGGAAUAAUGCUUCGUAAUUAUAAAUAACAAAUAUAAUAAGAUAUUGAUAUAUUUUUUAUAAUCAAAUGUAACAGUUUGUAAUCAAAGAAAUAAUGGGCUUCCACUUAUUAGGGAAAUGUCGGAUAAUAACAUAUAUUAUUUAGCAUUGGGCAGUGAUAACUACAAGUUGUUGUUUGUUAGUUUUAUGCACGAUAAUUCUAUAUUUUUAUUCAUUAUUGCUUUCAGCAUGCAUUCACACUGCUCAAUGGAUCAGUUAUAUCAACUGGAAAUGAGUAUCAAUCAAACACUUAUAACAUUGAAAAAUGAGUAACAUUUAUUGUUACUGAGUGAGUUGUUAUAAUGCACCUGUCAAUUGGAACCACGCCGGGGGGAUAGCCGGGGAAAUUGACAGUGUUUUUACCUUCAAGGUGGCCCGUGCCGGGUGAAUGCAGUGGUUUUGUCUUCGCACCAAAAAUAGCCGGGAUAGGGCCUUACCUGGGGUGCAGGGGAAUUUGGCGGGGAUUAACCAGCAGUUCGUCCUCGCAGUGCGGGGAUUUUACCUGGGCUUGGCUGGAACGAAAGUCAAAGUCCCUGCUAUUCCCCGGACCUGGGGGUGGCCGGGGUUACAAUUGACUGGUGCAUAACAGUAUCAUUAUAUAUACAUGUAUGCAUAAAAAAUAGUCUUUCAUCAAACAUGUGUACUUAAGGUUGUUACUUUUUCAUAAAUUGAUGGAUAAUUGUUUAUGUAUAUAAUGAUUUGCAUUAUAAAAUGAUGUAAAUAAAACUCCUAUAAUGUUCAGA